AUGCCUCCGAAACGCACGCGACGACCAUCCCCGUCUUCUGCUGGCCUUUCUGCUGGCGAGCGUCUCAAGCGCAUCAAGCUCACCAAUAACGCUGCCUACUCUGCGUGGGGCUGGGUCGAGACCGAAGUCACUCAAGCGUCCGACAUCCGGGAUGAGCAUCUGUUGGCAACGUGUGGCUUCUCUCGAAGGAGCAGCCAUCCAAUUUGUCCGAACAAGCACCUUCCCGACUUCUCAAACACCUCCGCGAAACAAUCCCCGGUUCACAGUCACUCCACUCGUCCGCAGAAGGUAGAGUCGGAAGUGGUGGACGACGUGAUAGUGAUUUCAGACGACGAGGGGUCGUCAUGUACGCCUAAAUUAUGCAAAUCUAAUCCAUACUGCUUGAACUAUCUCGGCCAGGACAACUGGGAGAAUGCUGAGGACGCAUAUGAGGGGUGGAUGAAAGUUCAUAGUCUUGGCGAGAACCCAACUGUGAAGUCUAGAGACGGUAACAUGCCUAUAGGCCUUAAGAACCUAGGUGCCACUUGCUAUGCCAAUGCUUACCUGCAGGUAUGGUUUCAGGACCUGCCAUUUCGCAAGGGGGUGUACGAAUGCCACGCGAGCUGCAAUGCUCAGAGAUCGUUCGAGGAAUCCCCGAUAUUUCAGCUCCAGGUUACCUUUGCUGCAAUGCAAACCUGUGCACUUUCUUCUUUCAAUCCGGUCAAACUAGUAGAGAGUCUGAAGCUACGCGCUACUGAACAGCAGGACGCUCAAGAGUUUUCCAAGCUGUUCAUGGCGCACUUGGACAACGAAUUCAAGCAACAAGAGAAUUCGGGGCUCAGAUCACUAGUUUCGGACCAGUUUCAAGGCAAGCAAGUAUAUAACACUGUUUGUCAAAACUGUCUCCGACACUCAGAGCGGGACUCGGAUUUCCUGGAGAUCGAAGUGAACCUCGAGAACAACGCUACUCUAGAAGAACGGUUAGCUGCACUGUUGGAGCCAGAAACCCUGUCGGACGAUAACAAAUAUCUAUGUCAGCAGUGUGACAGUCUUCAGGAUGCCAAACGCUACACUGAGCUUCGCAAGCUACCUCCCGUACUCCACUUCUCACUCUUGCGCUUCGUUUACGAUCUCACUACUAUGGAGCGCAAGAAGUCGAAGCAAGUUAUCCUGUUUCCGACUUUGAUUGACAUGGAUAGAUUUCUCGGUUCAGAGGAGAUUCGGAAGCAGCGGAAGAAAAAGCCUAUGAAGGAGAGCCAAAAUCUCUAUGAACUUCGAGGAAUCCUCUUGCACAAAGGCACGAGCGCAUACCAUGGCCAUUAUGAGGCUCAAGUUUUCGACGUCGUCCACCAAGGAUGGUAUCAAUUCAACGACGAGGUCGUCACACACAUCGAUUCUUUGGUCCCAGAUCUCGACAUAUCCAAGAAAGGGGGUAAAGCGGCUAAGGAUGUGAAGAAGAAAUCGCAAAAUGGCUCAAGCAAGGGACGUCCUGCUAAGAAUCGUCGGCGCGUUGACAGUGACAGCGAUAUUGAGGUUGUCGAGGAUUCGUCGCGGUCUCAGCAACCAUCCCCACCUACGGAAGGACCUAAAUACAUUUCUUCCAAAGAUGCAUAUAUGCUAGUGUAUGCGCGUGUCAGGGAUGGAAACGUUCCAGGCACAAGCGGUCAAGCAGACGCCUCCUCCCAGCCAGUAGUCCCCACGCCUCCAACGAAGGCUCUCGAAGUUGUCAACAACCUAAACGCCGAGCAUGUCCAGAAUUGUGAUGAGUUCGCUAAACGAGAAGCGGAGGAGAAAGAGCGUUACAAUCGGAAACGAGAUAUGGUCAUGGAUGUCUAUCGCAGCUGGAAUGUCACGUCUCGCAACGAGGAUCAAGUUAUCAUGAGCCGUCAAGCACUAGAGACAUGGCUGUGCCGACAUAUUGUCAAGCCUAAAACACCAAAAGCUACUCCUGCCCCUGCGAUAGACCUAACAGAUACCAAGGAGCCUCGGAGGGAUGAUGCACCGGUCGUUCCAAGACUUGCAAUCACGGACAUUAUUUGCGAACAUCGUUUCCUGGACCCCCAGAAAGCGGGGGACAUGAAAGUCCUGAGAAAGGCUUCCUACACACGGAUCGCGGAUGAAGACGGAGGGCCGUUAGGAACAGAGUUUUCCACAACGGACGUUUGCAGAACAUGUGUGGAGCACAUAUUCAAAGAAAAACUGUACCAGGUCGAGCAUCCACGAGUUGUCGCACGGUUUGACGAGGUUGCUGCUGUUGAGGAAGACGGAGAUGGCUAUUUCGUAUCGAGACCUUGGCUCAAAGAUUGGCGACUUGCGAAACCCAAGAUGCAUCUUGAAGGUGCACCAGAUCCUCCUCCAGACGCCGCGGACUUCCUGAACGAUGUAAUUUGCGAGCAUGGUGGGCUGUCUACGAACACAGUAACACGUCGGCGAAUCUCUGCACAGGCGUACAUGAUCCUCCAGGAACUCUUCUCCAACUGGAAGCCGCCCUCCACAUCCUCGGAACUAUGCGCUGUCUGUGAGGCCAUGUUGCAUUUGUCCAAGGAGGACAGGCGUGAGUUCCGCAAGUUGGCGGAGGACGAAAAGGCAAGGUUGAAGCACAUGCAUGAAAAUGCACUGAAUGGCAACGUAUCGCUUCUUGAAGACACUCCAUGCGCCAUCGUCCCCACUUCAUUCGUGCGCGCGUGGCGGCAGUGGACGUUGCGCCCGGGCGAUAUUGCACGACCUGAAGUCAUAGACAAUGCGCAGUUCGUCUGUGAACACGGUCUCCUCGCCUUUGAUCCCAAUCUCGGAGGCGAUCUAGAUGGGUCCAUGUCAAUCAUCAAACGGAGCGACUGGGACACCUUGGAAGAACUGUACUCGGCCAAGCCGCUCAUUGCCAUCGAGAGGAUUGACGACAAGUAUACGCAUGAGCUUAGCGUCUGCAGCGACUGCCGUCUCAAGAGACGAACAGAGUUCGACAUGACCGAGAUUACAGUCCGAGUCCUCCGACCCACUGAUCCCACACCAACUCCAGAGACUUACAAUGAGACACGAUUCGUCCCUGACAAAUCCUCUCACCCACCGGUCCAAGCUACCUUGCUCACAUACAGUAAGCGGGUUAAUAUGGAAGGCUCUCGGAAAUCGAAGCGUAUACGGCAAGGCAGGGAGUACGGCAAGAAGCACAAGAUUACUAUUACCAAAUCCAUGUCAGUAAAGGACCUCAAAGUCAUGUUCGGCGACGAGCUCGGUAUCCCGGUGAUCUCGCAACGGCUCUUUUACAGAGGCAGAGAGUUGGAAGACAGUGCAGCGACCAUGGUUUCUCUCGGGAUCCUGUCAAACGAUCUCCUUGACCUCAAGGAAGAGAGUGAAGAUGUCACAAUCAUCACUGAUACGGAGGACAACGUGCCUAGCAACAGCAAGAAGACGAAGCGGGCUGAAGGGCAAGCCUUCGGCGGGACCCUUCUAGGCGGGUCGUCUUUCGCCACUGCACCACCGUCCAGCUCUCCGUCCACACCUGCAGUGAUUGCUUGCCCCGCAUGUACGUACGAGAAUUGUGCUACAGAGGUUGCAUGUGUCAUGUGCGACACUCCGCUACUCAAUACAUACUGA